GAGGGGCGGACAUCAAACGAGACACACCGACCGACGAAGAAGACGAGCCCGGAAGUGACGUCAAGGAGCGUGCUCUGCAGGGGGAGUGGUGUUUACAGAGAUGAACAGUCGAGGAGGACAACAGCGAUCUAGAGGACAGGAGGAGGAGGAGGAAGACUUCUACGACUGUCAGGAGACUCUGCAGUCCUCCAACCCUAAAGAGGAGGAGCAGGAGGAGCAGAGAGAAGAAAAGGAGGAUGAGGAUGGGCAGGAGCAAAGAGUACAGGAGGUGGAGCAGGAGCACAGAGAGGAAUCCCAGCAGGACACUCCAGGUUUAGAAGACGCUCAUGUUAAUACGGAAAGACUGAUGGACAGAAGAGACGCAGAGACAGGAGGAGGCGAAGAGGAGGAGGAGGAUGAUGAGGAGAAGGAAGAUGAGGAGGAGAAUAAAGAAGAGGAGCAGCAGGAUGAUGAGCCACAGGCGGAUUCAGAUUCUGAAUUUCAGGAGGAGGUCUGCAAGGGGGUGGAGUUUGAUGACGACUAUCUGAGGGAGGUGGAGAAAGAGCUGACAGAGGAGGAGAAGCAGAGUCGACGACAGCAGAGUUUAACUCUGAAGGAAACCGGAAACCAACACUUUAAAACUGGAGACUGGCGUGAGGCAGAACUCAGUUACACAGAGGCGUUGUCAGUGUGUCCUGUUUGUUACAGCAAAGAGAGAGCUGUACUCUUCUCCAACAGAGCUGCUGCAAGACUGCACCUGGACUUGAAGGAUCAGGCGAUCGCUGACUGCACCAAAGCGAUAGAUUUGGAUCCAGACUACUUGCGGGCUUUGCUGAGAAGAGCAGAGCUUUAUGAACAGACGGAGAAGCUGGAUGAAGCUCUGGAGGACUACAACAAGGUUCUGGAAUGUGACCCAAACAACAGACAAGCCAGACAAGCCUGUAUGAGGCUGCCUCAGCAGAUUCAGGAGAGAAAUGAGAAGUUGAAGGAGGAGAUGAUCAGUAAACUGAAGGACCUGGGAAACAUGUUUCUGAGGCCGUUUGGACUCUCCACCAACAACUUUCAGGUGAACCAGGAUCCGUCCAGCGGUUCCUACUCCAUCAACUUCGUCCAAGGCGCCAACAACAACAACAGAUGACAUCACUCUGACAUGAUUGUGACAUCACACAAUCCACUUGUAAAUAUGAAUAAAGUGUUGAUGAAACGGCUUAUUCAAGACCAGCGCCUUCGUCUCAGUCACUCAUUGUUCCUGACAGCUGUCAGAGUUGGUACCGGCCUCUAAACUGGUUUAUGAACUAAUCAACUGGUUCAAAAGCCUAGAAAUCUAGACUUCUCCCAUCCAAAUUUAUUCAAUACCCCUAAAGUCUCGGGUAGCCAAUCAAAUCAGUCUAUCCUUGUAGGGAGAGUCGAUGAUGUAAUCUGGGUGUAAACAAUGUACAGUGGGGAUUGGAAGUUUGGGCACCCCAGAGUCAAAAUUUGUGUAAAUGUGAAUAAUGAAGCCAAAGAAAUCAAAUUACAGUUGACACAUUCCAAUAACAUGUUCAAACUAUUUGGGUUUAUUUCCAUCAUUUACGCUUUCAAAAUAACAGAAAAUAAAAAAAAAGGCCCCAGCAAAAAU